CGAGGCGCGUCCCGGAGGAUAGCCUGGCGCACCCAGCCGGGCCUGCGGGCAUCUGCUGCGCGUCCCGCCCAGGGCUCGGCGCCGCCGCCUCGAGCACUGCCUCGAUGUUCCAGCUGCCCAUCCUGAAUUUCAGCCCCCAGCAAGUGGCCGGGGUAUGCGAGACCCUGGAGGAGAGUGGCGACGUGGAGCGCCUGGGUCGCUUCCUCUGGUCGUUGCCCGUGGCCCCGGCGGCCUGCGAGGCCCUGAACAAGAAUGAGUCGGUGCUGCGCGCCCGGGCCAUCGUGGCCUUUCACGGCGGCAACUACCGCGAGCUCUACCACAUCCUGGAGAACCACAAGUUCACCAAGGAGUCGCACGCCAAGCUGCAGGCUCUGUGGCUGGAGGCGCACUACCAGGAGGCCGAGAAGCUGCGUGGCCGGCCACUGGGGCCGGUGGACAAGUACCGGGUGCGGAAGAAGUUCCCGCUGCCACGCACCAUUUGGGACGGCGAGCAGAAGACGCACUGCUUCAAGGAGCGCACGAGACACCUGCUACGCGAGUGGUACCUGCAGGACCCGUAUCCCAACCCCAGUAAAAAGCGGGAGCUCGCCCAGGCCACUGGACUGACCCCCACGCAGGUGGGCAACUGGUUCAAGAACCGCCGACAAAGGGACAGAGCGGCAGCAGCCAAGAACAGGCUUCAGCAGCAGGUGCUGUCCCAGGGCUCCGGGCGAGGGCUGCGGGCCGAGGACGAGGGCACGCCCGAGAUGCUGGGCGGUGCGGUGAGUCCAGCCGCCAGUCUGUCCAGCAAGGCGGCCACCUCGGCGAUCUCCAUCACGUCCAGUGACAGCGAAUGCGACAUCUGACCCAGGAGGUUCACAAACAGAAUCUGGUGGAAAACAAACCGAAUAAAAUGAAAAAUGAGAGG